AUGAUUAUUUAUGUUUUUGUAGGAACUGGUUCUGGCCAACAAAGUGUUACAGGUCUGCCAAGUUCUGAUGACCCUGAUUCACUUUGGAUCGUAAAAGGUACUAUUGUGUUAAUUUUGAUUUUUAGUGAAACAAUUAAGUGUGGUGAUUUAAUCAGAUUACAACAUGUAGGAACUGAGAGGUUCCUGCAUAGUCAUUAUCAUCGAUCACCUCUUUCAAAUCAACAAGAAGUUAGUGCUUUUGAUGGAUUGGAUUCAG